CCAAGAAUUGUCUGAGAGUAACAUACAGUAAUCAACUUUCUACAUUUGUCUUCGUUUUUUCACUAUUGUGACCUGCAGUUUUCUGUCAUCUCAUCUGUGUCUUGAUCAGCUCCAUCGUCCUCAUCAUGAUUCUGCUGUACCUGCUGAUGGUGCUGUCUGCUUUUUACUCUCCAUCUUCAGGCAGAGUGGUGAAAGACUUCUUUGGGAUAGAUGGUUGUCCACAGUUCUUUCCCAUACCUGGAGGACCGACUGUCCCGUCAGACCCAAAGUUUGUGCAGAUUUGCCAAGAUCAUAAUGGAAUUGACAGAUUUGCCACUCUUUAUGAUACUGUAAACAGAAUACCAGUGUAUUCUGCUUAUCAAUUUUCUCCUCACGUCAGUGUAUCAGGAAGCUCUUCUUAUUGGCGUAAAGAAAACAAUCUCCGUGAUGACCAACAGGCUCUGAAUGAUGACUACUUAAACACCUGUUAUGAACGUGGACAUUUGUAUUCUGUAUACCAAAAUAACAAUGAAGAUGGAGUGCGUGCCACCUUCACCCUCACCAACGCUGCUCCUCAAAGCCAUUAUUUCAAUGUUCAGUGGUUCAACUUUGCUGAAAAACCAAUAGUUGAAGAUGUAGAAAUGGCAUGUGGAAAAAAACCACCAUUUGGUGCUUACAUUGUCACAGGAGUGGUACCAAGUAACCCACCAAAGUAUUUAACCGAUUUAGAUAGUGGAAAGGCAAGAAGAGGUGUGUUGGUGAAUGUGCCCCAUGUCUUCUGGAAUGCAUUCUGCUGCAAAGACAACAAUCAGAUCAUUAGAACUGGUGGUUACCAUGUACAGAGCAGCACAAAUGGAGCAGAUCAUUACAUAAAAGAAAAAUAUAAAAAUGUUGCAGAUCUAGAGAAGUUCCUAAGAUUUAAGGUUUUUGGUGGUAAUUGUAUCUGAUUGUGAAAAUGUUAUUACUCUUUAAAACAUGAUAUGAUAUUGUGUACUUCAGCUGUAUAUCUGAGAUUAACACAUGUUGUCUUACACGAUUGAGAAUGCAAUCAAAAUGCCUCUGGAUAAUUUCCAUGUGAAAUCCAUGUACUUCAUUUGUUUUACCCUGAUUUUAUUAAAGCAGCAUAA